UGAGACUGGCAUAGCACGACCAUAUUUCCCACUAUUCUCCUCUUUCCCUCCGUCACGUGUUAGUGACAUCAUCAGAAAGCCGACACUGAGGGGGGUACAAAGAGAGAGCUGAAGGCUUGGAGCUGAGAAGGAAGGUGUAUGGAAAGGGGUCGUAAGGGGCCUAUAAUAGAGCUCAUGUAUAAGUGACGUUACUUCAUAAGGAGCAUGGACCAGAGUCAUAUGACUGAGAAGAUAUUGCACCUCACCUUGGAGAUUAUCUACCUGCUGACUGGAGAGGAUUAUGGACCUAUUACGAAACCCAAAGAGUUCAGAGAAAAAAUUCAGGGCCUCAUCUUGGAACCUCCUCUUUCACGAAAACAUGGGAGAAACAAUGAGCAGAAGAUCCUGGACCUCACCAACAAGAUCAUUGAACUGCUGACUGGAGAGGUUCCUAUAAGAUGUCAGGAUGUCACUGUUUAUUUCUCCAUGGAGGAGUGGGAGUAUUUAGAAGGACACAAGGAUCUGUACAAGAAUGUCAUGAUGGAGACUCAUGAGCCCCUCAUAUCACAAGAUGGGUCCAGUAACCGGAAUACACCAGGCAGAUGUCCCAGUCCUAUUUAUCUACAGGAUUUUGUGGAAGAAGACAGUGUGUCCCAGAGCUACCCGGAGGAGGAUUUGAAUAUUAUAGUUGUUGACGUUGUACCAAAAACUGAACAAGAAGAGAAGAUAAAGAUUAAAGAGGAAGAUACUCAUGAUUAUAUUGGCUCUGACAUUGAAGCUAUAUACAGCAGUCCAGCCCAGAGCUUACAAGAAAGAUACCAGGGUGUGAGCCAGGUUGACAAUUCUGAAUUGUCCAGUGGUCAAUCUGAUCCAGAUACACAGAACCUUAAACAAUAUAUUUGCCCAGACUGUGGAAAAUAUUUUUCUCGCCUUUCACAUUUCACCAUCCAUCGGCGAAUUCACACAGGAGAGAAGCCCUACGUCUGCUCAGAAUGUGGAAAGAGCUUUUCUUGUAAUUCCUAUCUGGUCAAGCACCAGCGGAGUCACACAGGGGAGAAACCGUUUGCUUGCUCAGAGUGUGGAAAGUGUUUUAAUCAGAGUUCUAACCUGUUCAAGCACCAGAAAACUCACACUGGCGAUAAACCAUUCAUGUGCUCCCUGUGUGGGAAAUGCUUCACCCAAAAAUCUCAUCUUGCCAUCCACCAGAUCAUCCACACCGGGGAGAAAAGAUUCAACUGUCCAGAGUGCAGAAAAUGCUUCAGCAAUAAUGCCAGGCUAGUUGCUCAUAUACGGGUUCACACAGGAGAAAAACCUUUUGGUUGUCCUUUGUGCGAUAAACGCUUCACACAGAAGUCCCAUCUGGUCAAACACCAAGUGGUCCACACUGGAGAGAAACCAUUUGGGUGUUCAGAAUGCGGAAAGUGUUUUAUUAGUAACUCGCAUCUUGUGAUACACCAAAGAAUCCACACAGGAGAGAAGCCAUUUUCCUGUACAGAAUGUGAAAAGAAGUUUACCCAAAAAUCUGACCUGGUACGCCAUGCAAAAAUCCACGUAGGAGAUAAACCGUAUUCCUGUACAACAUGUGGGAAGCAGUUCCUUUGUAAGGCUUAUCUAGUCCAGCAUCACAAAGUGCACAGAGGGGAGAAGGGAACGUGAGCUACAUAAAAAGUGAUAAUCAGUUAAAAAAUCUAAUUAUAUUUAAUUACAAUUUUUUUUUUUUGUAUGGUAAGAAGAAAAGCAAUAUAAAGUGAAGUAAUUUUACUCUAUGGGUCAUAUUAUUAUCAACUUAUAUCUGUAUGGAAAUGGGGUUAGAAAAUGACAGUACCGUAUUUUUUUUUUAUUCAGAUAGUUUUUAUUAUUGCUUUUCGAUUUUUUAAUAUCAUUAUGUUAUGCUUUUAGACAAUAAGUAGAUUCAUUGUAAGAUACAUACAGUAAUUGUAGUAUGGAACACAUAGAUACAUAGUCAAGUUAUAUAUCCAGUUAUAGAAUCUUACAAUAUAUAAGCACAUAAAGCGGCCAAUAAAACCUCCCAACAGCAAGUAACCCCCCCCCCCCCCCCCCUCCUCCCAUCACUACCAGAGCAGGACAAAGUGAUAAUAAUCCCAAUAAGAUUCCUCCUAUAAGAAUUAGAGAUGUGUACUGUAGAUAGCACAAGGCCCUCCACUAAUAAUAGGAUUUUAUUUUUAUCUCAUUCCCCCCCGGGGUGUCGGCACCACAAACCUCAAUUGUAUACAGUACCGUAUUUUAAAUUCAAUAUGUGGAGGACUUCUGGUUGAUACAUGAAUGUAAAGAGAAGCUUUUUUUUUUUUUUUUCUCUAUUUAAAAUCCACAACUUUUUCUCUCCUUUCUGACUAUAUUACAGUGGGUCUGUCCCCUGGAAAUAUUGUCCAGCUAUACAUUUUCUCCUGAUGCAGUUGAAAUAAGAGAAAUAUGGUAACGACAUGGUAUGCAAUCAAUGGCUGACCAUGUAAUGCCUGGAUCACUGGAGCAGUAGAUUCUCUUUCUUAUCUUCUCUGGCUUUAAAACGGUGGUGCCGAGUGCCCCUCUAUGAUGCACUGAUGCCAUGUCAUAUUAAUGUUCUUACAGACAUCAGGAUCAGAGUAAAGGGAUUACUGAUAUGAUAAUGAUGUAUGUAUGACUCUUUUCCAUUUAAUUUUGCAAAGGCUUAGUUUUUGAGAGAGUGGAUUGUUCUGGCUGCCAGUGGUAGUGUCUGUGUAUAAAAUAUAUACACACACUCACUACAGCAGGGCUCCUCAACCUCAGCUGGAACAUGGUGAUGGCUAGUUGUAGUCAAUGAAAAAAUAUAAAAAAAAAGUACCACAAUUUACCCUAAAAUUUGUCUUGCAGACAAAAUGUUUGAACAAGCACAAACGGUUCAGUUAUGAUGGUAAACCCGAAAUAAGUGCAGUGGUCUGUGUAGUAUAUUUACGUUUCCGAGAUUGACCAGCACUUAGUGACAUAGUUUGUAAGAAUCAAGUCCAUACAAUUCAGUCUAUUCUAAAGCCAAAGCAUCCUGAUGAAGAUCUCUGUAGAAGGUUUAAAUUCUGUAAACCUCUGGAGUGUGCUGCCUGGUGACCUAGAGUACAAUGAUCCCUUAGGAUACAAUGGUCUUUUCUGACCCAUCCUAAAUUGAAACUAGACUCCACAUACAAUGUCUCAGACUCGGAUCCAACCAAUCAAGGCCACUUCAGU